AUGCUAACGCAGAUACUGCAUCUAGACAAUACAGGCUCCUCUUUUCACCAGGUCCCGCUCAUUGAGCAGCUCAUUCAGUCUCUGCCGAAGUGUUUGCGUCGCCAACCGCGCCUGUCCCUGGGUCGGAUCAGGUCAUCGGGGCUUUGCGAGGUGCACAAAAGAUUGAACGCAGAUUUGAUGACAGAUAGUCUUUCCCUGGUCCAGAGCGAGGUUACGACGAGAUUUCGGCAGCUCGAUGUAUAUCCAGAACUAGUCCCGCCCGUCGAGCGAGAUAUUCUAGCCAGGCUGCGAGCGUUGCAGGGCAUGUGGACCAAGCCUAGUAUGAACAAUCCGGUGGCUCCUAACGCCUUGCCGUAUCAGAUUAACGGAUGUCCGGCAUGUAUCCUCGCACGUAUCGCUGCAGACAGUGAGAUUAUCCGAGAUCUGCGCGUGGUCUUGCAGAGCCGCACUCGCACGCGUAAGAACCAUCGAGCACCUACUCUCAUGGUAUUCGUCGACGAAUGCAUCCGCCAGUUCGGCGACGACGAAGCGGACAAGCUCUUUGGGACCGCUAGCAAUUUGGCGUUUCAAAUGAAGAUCACUCGAAAGGCAUGCGUCAAGGCCCGGUACCGUGAUAAUAAGCACUCGCAUCGCCAUAUGCGGAAGUCUUGUGUGGACAGACGCCAUCAUAACAGAAAUUCCGACGGCGCAGUUGAUAUACCUGACUAUCGCCGUUCGCAUGUUCCUUCCAUUGGCGUGAUCCAAGAAGGCAACAUCGCUUCCCAUCACUCGAAAAGUAGUCUUGCAAGAGUGAGCCUUUACGAGCCAUCUCCCGGGGCCAAUAAUAGCACAGCCUCCGUUCACUCCUGGGGAGACGUCAAGAGGCAGCUCAGCAUGGUCAAGACUUGCAGGCAGAUUGCAAACGAAACCUCUUAUUCCCGAGCAACGUCGGUUCCAGAGGCCAGAGUUGCACCCCUCCGGAUCAGCAAGGUGGAGUCUCGGUUCGAAGAGCAGAGCCAGACGCGCACGAAGGUUCCGCAACGCUAUGACUACCAUGAGCACGAGCGCUCUGUCUCGCAUUAUUCCAGCAGUGAUUACUGGACGGAUGCCUCCUUAGACUCAGAUGACGAUGAUGCAGCGCCUGAGAUCCAGCCUCACCCUCGAUCUCAGUCUUUUGCAUCCAGAAAGCAGCCAGAGGCUGCGAUGACCACUUGGAGCCUGGUGUGCGGUCAAGGGAACAUGAUCUGA